AUGGCCGAAGCGCACCCCAACGAUACUGGAGAAUUCGCACACAUGCUCCAUGUCCAGCAAGGAAUCUUGGCCUCAUUCGGCAAUGGCUCCGACAUCCAGGAGACUGACCAGAGCAACAGACUCGACCUGACGACCACCGAGGAGCACGUCACCAUGCAGGGAUUUGCGGAGGACGAGCAACACGAUGAUCUCGUGCGCAGCUUUCGCGCUGAACAGAGGAAUCAACGUCUCGCAAAGGCUGCGCAAGAAAAGCGCGAGCAGGAGCGCAUGGCGGAGGCCAGUUCCGACGACAGUCUCGACGACGAUCCUCAGAGCUUGGUCUCACACCAACUGCGCGCCAAGUCGAGAUAUGGCCGUCUUGCACGAUCCUAUCGGAGCAAGCGCAAGCGCGACAUCGCCAACUCGGACGACGCAGCGGAGUCGGGCAAGGCCUCGAAGUCCUUCCGCUGUAAGCACAAGGCUGAAGGAGGAGAAACAAAGGCGGGAGACAGCAAGACGCUGGUGGAUCUGGAGUUGGAAUUGGCGCAGAACCAUCGCAAAGCCUGCGAAGCCAAGCUCGAGAUCUUGGAGGCCGAGAAAGAGGAGCUCAAGCUGGCGAUUCAGCGUCAGAAGCGCACCUAG